GAAUUCUUAUCAAGUUGUACCCACCGAGCUGUUGUUAUCGUCGUCGGUCUUUAUUUGCUAUUGCUACCUGUUUCUUGAAGCUCACGGUUUGUAAGCGUUGAAUGAAUAACUUAAUAUCAUUCAUUAGUGUCGCCCAACGGUGAGCCGUUCUUCUAGAAAGUGUUUUAAAAUAGUGUAUUUCCAAAGCGUACUUACCGCGAUCGCAAUCGCGAACGGGUUCCUAGUAUGCCGGAUAUAAAAAUUACACCGCUCGGUGCGGGGCAGGAUGUUGGUCGCAGUUGUAUUUUGCUUUCGAUGGGAGGUAAAAAUAUUAUGCUUGAUUGCGGUAUGCACAUGGGUUACAACGAUGAGCGCCGCUUCCCGGAUUUUUCGUUUAUUGUUCCGGAAGGACCCAUAACGAACAACAUUGAUUGCGUGAUAAUUUCUCACUUCCAUCUGGAUCACUGCGGGGCUCUUCCUUACAUGACCGAGAUGGUAGGCUAUACGGGACCUAUUUAUAUGACUCAUCCGACGAAAGCGAUUGCACCGAUCCUUCUCGAGGAUAUGCGAAAAGUGGCGGUAGAACGUAAAGGCGAAAGUAACUUUUUCACAACGCAAAUGAUCAAGGAUUGUAUGAAAAAAGUUAUUGCGGUAACAUUACAUCAGAGUGUAAUGGUAGACAACGAGUUGGAGAUCAAGGCCUAUUAUGCUGGACAUGUAUUGGGAGCUGCCAUGUUCUGGAUCCGCGUUGGCUCGCAGUCUGUCGUGUACACGGGAGAUUACAAUAUGACACCAGAUCGGCAUCUUGGAGCGGCUUGGAUCGACAAAUGUAAACCAGACUUGCUCAUCUCAGAAAGUACCUAUGCAACCACCAUUCGAGAUUCAAAACGAUGUCGUGAACGAGAUUUCCUAAAAAAAGUACACGAAUGCGUAGCAAAAGGUGGGAAGGUCCUAAUUCCAGUUUUCGCUCUGGGGCGAGCACAAGAGCUUUGCAUUUUGUUGGAGACAUACUGGGAACGGAUGAACUUGAAGUACCCAGUUUACUUCGCCGUCGGACUGACGGAGAAGGCCAACAACUACUACAAGAUGUUCAUCACAUGGACCAAUCAAAAAAUCCGAAAAACUUUUGUACAAAGAAAUAUGUUCGAUUUCAAGCAUAUUAAACCAUUUGAUAAGGGCUACAUUGAUAAUCCCGGAGCAAUGGUAGUUUUUGCAACACCGGGAAUGUUACAUGCUGGACUUUCGCUCCAGAUUUUCAAAAAAUGGGCCCCCAAUGAAAACAAUAUGGUUAUUAUGCCAGGAUACUGUGUGCAGGGAACAGUUGGUCACAAAAUACUCGGUGGAGCAAAGAAAGUAGAGUUCGAAAACCGCCAGGUGGUGGAAGUGAAAAUGUCCGUCGAAUAUAUGAGCUUUAGUGCUCAUGCAGAUGCCAAAGGUAUCAUGCAAUUGAUUCAGUAUUGUGAGCCCAAAAAUGUAAUGCUUGUACACGGAGAAGCCGUCAAAAUGGAGUUCUUACGAGAUAAGAUUAAGGAGGAAUUUCAAAUCGAUUGUUUCACCCCAGCAAACGGAGAAACAUGCGUGAUAAGCACUCCGAUCAAAAUUCCUGUAGAAGCCUCGCUUUCGAUUCUGAAGGAUGAGGCCAAGAAAUACAACACGGAGCCUCCAGAUCCGAAACGCAGAAGAGUUAUUCACGGACUGCUAGUGAUGAAGGACAACAAAAUUUCCCUGAUGAGCAUUGAUGAAAUUUUUAAUGAAUGUGGUAUCAAUAGACACGUUAUAAGGUUCAUCUCCAAAGUGAAGGUCGAUGACCCUGGUCCAGCACCACGAACAAUCGAAAAGCUGUACAAUCUGUUAAAUGAACGCCUCUCGGGCUGGUCCGUAACGCUUAGCGAAAAUGGGUCUAUAAAUGUAGAAUCUGUGAACAUCAAAAUUGAAAGUGAGGAGCAAAUUUCGGGACCUCCUGGAACUUCGGGAACGGCAACCAGUUCGGCGGCGUUGAUGAACACCAAUGCACACAAAAUUUGCAGUGUAUCCUGGAUUAACCAAGACGAAGAUCUUGGCAGUUACAUUCUAGGCUUGCUGCAAAGUUUAUGAAUAACUCAACAUACAUAUGUUGUAAAACAAACGUUUUUAAUCCCAUACUUUCUUUCUGUUUUGUUAGGAUUAAUGUUGAAGGAAAUACAUAUAAAUAAAGUAAGCGAGAUAGAGCUGCAAUACUAAUAAAUUUUGCUAUCACCAGCUGCGUGGGCUACACUAUAUCAUUUCUGUAUACUAACACUAACGGCAACGGAACGUCGCAGGCUUAGGGCGUUUUUAGUUAUUUUUGUAGUAUAGCAUGUUACCCGCGAUCUUUCGUAUCUUCUACUUAUUUACUAUCAUUUCAUAAUUCGGUGUUUUUAAUUAGGAAUUAGAACUAUUGUAGUUUUAUAGUAAUGAGAACUAUUGUAGUUUUUAUUUUCAAAAGGAUUGGUUGCAGGCGCUGAUUUGCUAAAUCGGGGGCGGGGAAUUGAUAUUUUACGCAAAUUGUAUAUAUUUAUAUAUUACAUGAAAAUUCUUCAAACGUAAGUGCU